AGAUAACACGGGAAGGCACACUGGCAACUGAGCCUUUUAGAUUUACGCUUGUUUUUCAGUAUAAAGGUAGUGUAGUGGGUUGCUCCACGGUGAAACCAAGUAGAAACCAAUAAGGAACAACAACAGAACUCGUGGGCGGAAGAAGCAGACAGCAACGCCUCCUCCGUCCCUGUGAGGAGCCCUGCAACAUCCUUCGGCGAUUCAGAGACAGACAUGAACUCAGAGUCUACAGACGAACUGAGUGAAACAGAGAGGCUCACGCCAUACCAGGGCCAGCGGAGGUCUUUCGGACUCUUUCUUUGUCCGUACUGCAAGGUGGAAUGGACCUCCGACAACUCCUACGCCAACAUGUAUCAGGAGUGCGAGACUUGCGACAUGGCCGUCUACCCUCACAAGCAGUUCAGGCAGUCGAGGUGCACCGGCCACGGGGGGAUGACACGCUUCUCGGAGCUCGUGCCAGUGAUGCACCGAGGCGCCAUGGGCGUUCUGGAAAACUCCGUGGGCCAGCUGGGUGAGACAACCAGGCUCACGCCAUACCAGGGCGAGAGGAGGUCGUUCGGAUUCUUUCUUUGUCCGUAUUGCAAGGUGGAAUGGACCUCCGACCACUCCUACGCCAACAUGUACCAGAAGUGCGAGACUUGCGACAUGGCCGUCUACCCCUACAAGCAGCACAAGCUAUCAAGAUACAACGGCUCCGGGGAAACGGAAGGCUCAUUUUAAGAACCUGUGAAAGCGGCGGUGGCGAGAGAGAGAGAGAGAGAGAGAGAGAGAGAGAGAGAGAGAGAGAGAGAGAGAAUGGUAAAAAAACGGAGGAAAGAAAAAUAAAAUGCGUGUGUGUGUGAGUGUGUGCGUGUUGUUGGGUCUUCUGCUUGUAUAUACUGUGCACAUCCAUAUUACAGUUAAGACUGGGACUAAUACAUAACAUUCAGCAUCAACAUCAAUGAAUAUCAUGAAACAAUAUAUUUUUACGCUUUUCUGUCUUAGAGUGUGUAUGCGUCUCGGAGCAAAAUAAAACUAUCAGUGUUA